AUGACAUCAGUACAAGACAGAUUAAAAUUAAAACGAUCUUAUGAUAAUUGGAGUACACGCGAACAGCUAUGUUUAGCAUCCGGUGUAUUAAAGUCUGGAGAUCAAAAUUGGAUGAGUGUGUCAAGAUCCUUGAAAGCAAUCAUCGAGAAAGAUACAUUAAGACCACCAGAUUGGUUCUCCCAAAAAUCUUGUGCAAUUCAGUAUGCACAUUUAUUGGAAAAUGCGGACACUCCAAAGAGAAAAAAAAGAGAAAGUGGAGAGACAACUGGUGAAUCCAUAGUUCGGAAGCUAACACAGGAAAGAAUAGUUGAACUAGGACAAAUAUUAGCUUUCCAGAGGGAUGAAUAUCAACAGCUUAAGGCUGAAAUAAAUAUGUUAAAAUCCGGAGGAAUAGCGGAAGAUAAAUUGCAGAAGAUGUGGCAUACGAUUGAACAGGAAGAACGGGAACAGGAACAAAAAGCAAGAGCACACUCUGCAUGGCUAGCUAAACGUCAACAGAAGCAGGAAUUAAGUUCACCACAAGCUUUGUCUGCUAUCAAUCAGCGUAGAUCUACCGAGAGUUCAGUAGAACUGCAAGAAACAACUGAAACAGUAGAUGAGGAUGAAAAGAAGAGUAGAGGUGGAAGAUCACCGUUGUUGACAAGUUUAUUGAAGUCUCCAAGCCCCACCACACAAAUUCAAACAUCAACUACUACAGCACAAGUCAGCUCUCCUACUAUUACAAGUUUGCUUGGAUCCAGCCCUAAAGUCCCAAACACUCAGUUGACACAAAAUGUAUCUCCACAACUACAUCAAUUGGUUUCUACUGCAAUUACAAAUACACCACCAGAAAGACCAUCAGUCGGUGCACCAACUUUGUCUAUGUUACUAGAAAUGCCUGCUAAUGCGCAACGUGGUCCUCUACCAAACUUACAGUCAACUUCGACUAUUGUAUCACAACAGAAUGCCACUACUGAGAUUCACACUCUUCAGCCACAACCCGUCCAUCAACUAACAAUUCAAGGUGAGACGCCGGUACCUGCUCAACCACUCACAAUUAAUCCACCUAAUAUUCCAGUCACAGAAAGUAUGGUACAGAUAAUAGAUAAUAUAGACGAUGUAAUACGUAAAGAUAUCAUGGCCGAUGUAAUAGACAAAGAUGAAAUUAACGAAAUUAUCGGAGACAUAGAAGAAUUAAUAAAAGAAGAAAUAACCGGAAGUCCCCAGACACUAGACACAGCUACGACAACAAUUAAUACUCUUACUAUACCCCCAAUUCAAGAAGUCCCAAUAGUUUCGGAACGACCAGAGCCUAGAGAUGUAGAUGAAGUUGUGUCACUCUCUAAUUCACCAGAAAGUGAGAUGGCUAUAGAAGAAAUCGAUUCGAGCACGUCAAAUAUUGCCGAAAUCAUAGGAACAGUUGCUAUUGAACCACAGGAGCCGAAAGUUAUUGUUGCUAAAAUAUCAGAAACUGUGCCAAGUACAACCGAACAAAUAAAAUCAGAAGAAUCUACGAGCCAUGAAAGAGUGGCGUUAACCGACGAACUUGUUCCAGAGGUAGAGACACAGGAUGGUGAAAGCAGCUCGGAAGAGAAACCAAUUGUUGAGGAAUUCGUCGAUACGAUAGAAUCCACAUCAAAUGCGGAAACGGAAGAAAAGGAUUGCAAAAUACCUACAAGAGAGUUGGAUGAAAUGAUAGAAGAUGAAAUAGAAGAAGAGGAAGAGACAGAGGUGGUUGUACCAGAAGCUAAAAAGUCACCUAACAAUAAACUACAGAGAGAGUCUUCUGAAGAGUUAGAUAAUAAAGGGAAUAUGGAAUUAGAUCAGUUAGAAAUGCAUCUUGCGAAAAUUACAGGUGAACAGCAAGAUACUCCGUCAGCAGAAGUAGUUAGCGUUUCUUCCGAGGUUACAAACGACAUUCCUAGUACUGAAGAUACCGAAAAGUCCCAAGACAUUAGUCUGAUAUUAGAAGACGACGAAAGUAUACAUAGUGCGGAUGAUAAGAAGAAAAUAACAGAGGAACAGAUCAUAGAGAAUACAGUUGAAAGUACAGAGUCAAUUGAAUCAUUUAAAGAGGAACCUGUAAUCGUAAUAAAAGAAAAAACGAUUAUUGAGGUGAGCGAAGAGUCGCCGCAAAAAUCUCAAGAAGAACACACAGAGGAAACUCUAGAGAUUUAUACAGACGAAUUUAAGAAAGAAGACACAAAGGAUUCUUCAGAAGAUACAACAAGCUCCAUUCUUCAGGACAUAGAAAUCAAAGAAGAAGAAAUAGAGGAAACAUCCAUAGUGGAAGAUUCCACUCAAUUGGUAUCUCGAGAAGAAAUCGAAAAUUUGAAACAAGAGAUUGUGGAUCCCGUUAAAACUGAAACUGAUAUUCCCAGUAUUAAGAAAGAAGAAAGUACAUUCGAGGAAUCCAAAAUCGAAGAAGAGUCUAAAAUUCAACUAGAGAAUACGAUACUAACAGAAAUAAAGAAAGAAGAUAUUCCUGUAAAGGAAGAUAAAGAAGAUAAAAAGACUGUAGACGUUGAACAGAACAUAAAAAAAGAAACAGAAUCGAUAGUAAGCGCUGGCGAAGAUACCGUGGAAUUAGAUGAAGAAGAAUCAUCACUGAGCAAGUUAAGCGGAGGACGAGCAAUGAAAACUUACUCCAAGAAGCAAAAUGCAUCUAUUGACAGCGAGCCCGAAAAUGAAGCUACUGGAGAGGGUGCAGAUUACAGGGCAUGGAAGAAGGCAGUUAUGUUAGUCUAUAAUCGUCUUGCUACACACAAAUAUGCGUCUGUAUUCCUAAGACCUAUCACAGAAGAUCAAGCACCUGGCUAUCAUUCAGUCAUCUUUAGGCCCAUGGACUUGUCAACGAUUAAAAAGAAUAUUGACAAUGGCACUAUCAGAUCUACAAUGCAUUUUCAACGCGAUGUCAUGCUAAUGUUUCAGAAUGCCAUUAUGUACAAUAAACAUGACACUUUUAUUUACAAAAUGGCGGUUUCAAUGCAGGAAGAAUGUCUGCAACAUAUGCAGAUACUUGUGCAAGUCACAGGAGAGGGAACACUAAGAAGAGAAACAAGAACGGCAGCAAGUAGCAGUAGUGAAGCUAGUGAAAGUAGCAUAAAAAGGAAACGAAGUCACAUCACACCGAGUCCACAUGAUACUGAUAGUCCACGUUCAAAAAAACGUAGAAAAUCAGAGAAUGAUUAGGGUGCCCUGUCUGAUUAUACUUGUACGUGUAUAUAAUGUGACAAACAUUCAAGUUCGUAAGAACUGUUUUGAGAAAAUGAAUGAGCAGACAAUUCUAUCAUGUUGGCGCCCAAGGAACAUGUUGGACAUGAAAGAUGUUCAAGGAGUAUCAGAAGAGUUGCAAUGAUUUCAGUUUCUAUUUCAUUACUUUCCCGCGAUACUA